CUUCAGAUGCUCAGCCUUUGAAAAUCCCUUUUAGUGCUUCAGGCGCUAAGUCCAUCGUUUUCGUUCCCGCGCCGUUAUGUCUCUUCAGCCAUUCAUUUCUCUGUAUCGAUAUGCUGUCGAACCAAUAGCACCAUUUACCUGGUUCGGUACCAAGGUCUGCUCCCUCGACUUGGUAGCCGUGUUCAGGCUUUGCAUCGCUUUGAGACAGCUGAGGGAAAUUCUGCAUGCCAAACACUGUCAGCGAACCGCUGGAGAGAAUAGACUCGCACUUGUAGAAGAGAGGUCCUUCACGAGAGACGCAUGUACCAUGCUGACGAUUGUAUUCGGAGGAGAGGCUAUCAUAGGCCCUCUACUUGGAAUUAUGCCAUCUUUCAUGUUCUCGGGUGUUUCUCCCGGAUUGUACAUCGCCGCACAAGCGAUUGUAGACACCGAGCUUCCUUUAUCCAUUGUCGACGGAUUUACGCGCGCAAUGCUCCUCUGCAGCCUUAUACCACCAGUCAUCGUCACCCACACUUCCCCUGUCAUCGCAUCUUCCCCAUGGGCUCUACUUCUCUCGUCUCUCGUCAUCACCAAUGGCGGCUUCUUCAUAACGAACAUGUUCUCGUUCAUGGAGCCCACCCCGUUUACACUGACGACCCCCGAUGAGCUCAAGCCCUAUGGCUGGACAGCCACUGACAUCUGGUCCGCCCCGCUUAUCACGGGACUCUAUGCGCUCCUCACACACGCCCAACCGUUCUGGGCCGAGUUACACAGUAUAAUUUCGAUUGCCGUCGGAGGCGGUAAAGUUAGUCCUAUGGACCCAGAGUCCGCCCGUGCGCUGUGCGCGCUAAUUCUCGCAGUAUUUUUCUCCACCCGGGCUGCGAAGAACUUUGGGCUUAUCUGGAAGAAGAGCGUUUCAGAGAAGAUCAAGACGCAAUGAAUACCCAGCGUGAUACCGAUUUAUACCACUCGCUAUAGAUCUACAUGAUAUUUAUGAAUGUUAUGUCCUUUCCACGAAUAUUAUGUCCGAGCGGUUCAGCGAACAUACAUAUAUAUAUGAUCGAGUGUGUUCCCCAGGCUGGUGCAUACAUGGUCGACACAGAUAUCCCUAUGCACGGGAAGAUGUUUGACGUGACUACACAAUUUAUCGGUGUACGACAAAUGUUAGAUGCUUGCGUGGCCCAGUGCCACUACAAUUUGUUACAAAAUCAGAACGAUAUCACUAAAUUGCAAUCCCA